CUCGUUCCCUUACGCUACGUUAUCAUGGCCGACAACGGCGAGCCCCCCGAGAUCACAGCGCUUCGUACGAAUCUCACUUCCAUCACUGACAGGGUGACGGUCGGAGACAAUCUACAAUGGUUUUCGAACUGCCUCGUGGAGAAAGCCUUCAUUGCGCAGAGGACCGCGCAGGCAAUCCUAAGCAGCGGAUCCACGCCCGCGAACAGGGCCGGUCAGCUUAUUGACGGCGUUUUCGCUGUAAUCCGAACGUCGGACAGGAGGAGCCACUGGUUUGCUGAGUUCGUAUCUAUUUUCUCCGCUGACCGAGCCUACGCAGAACUAGUCGAGAAACUGAAACGCCACGUCCGCCAAACAAACCAGCAACAACUACAAUCUCCCAUUCCGGCCAGCCCUUCCGCUAGUUCAUCUCUACACGUUCCUGCGACUUCAGGAACCACACCAGCCACUAGUUCUGAGGAGUCUCUUGCCCCAUCCACCACCACAUCCUUUUCACCUCCCGUCCCACCUCCCAGACAGACAGACGGGCGGACGGACGGAAUGACAAACCAAGUACUAUAACCCUCGCUGCGCCGAGGGUUAACAACUCCUACAUAAUCUGUAGAAAUCUAUUCUCAUCUCUCCACAGGAUGGAGACAUUCAACAAAGUCACCUCUUCCUCUCUGAGCCACUCUCCCCUACGUUUGGCGCUCCCUCUAUUGAGCGGGACGGCCCUUUUAGGGUCUCACAGCAGUUUUCAACACUGGUUGGCAAUAUUUCUACCGUAACUCUUCCAUCAGGACAACAUUGCUUGAAAUUUUACAAAGUUGUGGCAUAAAUCUUUGUAUCACGGGGGAGGUAUGUGCUGUGCCUGCCUUACUUCAGUAUUUGUGUGAUUUGCGAAUUUGCCACGAGUACGAAGUCGAUUUGCUGUGUGAGCUACUAAAGAGGCUGGGGCAGCACAAGUUGCACCAGGAGGUGUUGGCAUAUGCACAAAGUAUCAUGGAGUUCAACGUUGUAGGCUAUAGGGUGACUGAAGCAGCUCAUAAUCCAGCCCACCUUAUUGCUCUCACAGUUCACAACUGCCCAUCUCUCACCUACGGGCAGGUAUGUAAGGUGAAAGAUAUUCUCGCCAAUAUUCUUGGACUUGACAAGCACGUCUUCUGGUUGUAUAGUUCUGAGAGUGGCUCAGCUGUCCUUGGCUGGGGGUUUGGUAGAGGGUUAGCAGGGGGUGUCCAUGAUAAGCUUUCAACCCCCCUCUCUCUCUCUCUCUCUCUCUCUCUCUCACCUCAGGGAGGUAGUAUGAAAAGUGAAACUGUUUUCUCGGCUCUGGCCUCCGACAGUAGGCCAUGUACUUCUGAGCCCCUGCCUGCCUCUUACCUGAGAAAUGAUGCUGCUGUCCCACCAAGUCAGCCACCAUUGCCAAUGGAAGAGCCACACAAGACUGGUGCAAAACGAAAGCAUCCAACUGGUGCAGCAGAACACGAUGUGGUACUAGGAGGCUGUGCAGGCAUCAGAAACCCGCAAAAUCUUCCUCCCCCAACUAAACGGAUGACUGUGGAACAUUUCCCCCAUGAAGGUCUGCGCCUGUGUCCAACAGAGUUUUCAAGGCAGUACGUCACUGAGAACUUCGAACCAGCAGGCUCAGUAGGUGAAUCUAACCACAUAAGAGCUCUGAGGGAAAACCAGCCACUUAUAGUUGACAACCUCAACCUAAUGUCCAUCCUGCCCCACCUCAAUGGCAACUCUCUACUGACUGAGGCAGAGAACCAGGAAAUGUUGCUGAUUGGUCUCACUGAGAGUGAAAAGAUCAUGAGACUAGUCGCAAUCAUAGGGAGAAAGGGAGAGGAUGGAUUUCACCGGUUCCUGGCAGCACUAGAAGCAGCUGAAGACCACCCCACACACAAAACUAUUGCUGAAGCACUUGAAAGCUCUUUAAUAUACUUACUAGGAGACUGUGCAGGCAUCAGAAGCCCGCAAAACCUUCCUCCCCCAACUAAACGGAUGACUGUGGAACAUUUCCCCCAUGAAGGUUUGUAUUUGGAUGGCCUGUCUCCAACAGAGUUUUCAAGGCAGUACGUCACUGAGGACUUUGAAGAACCAGCAGGCUCAGUAGGCGAAUCUAACCACAUAAGAGCUCUGAGGGAAAACCAGCCACUCAUAGUCGACAACCUCAACCUGAUGUCAAUCCUGCCCCACCUCAAUGUCAACUCUCUACUGACUGAGGCAGAGAACCAGGAAAUGUUGCUGAUUGGUCUCACUGAGAGUGAAAAGAUCAUGAGACUAGUCACAAUCAUAGGGAGAAAGGGAGAGGAUGGAUUUCACCGGUUCCUGGCAGCACUAGAAGCAGCUGCAGACCACCCCACACACAAAACUAUUGCUGAAGCACUUGAAAGAUCUUUACAAAACCCACCAAGACCGGGCACACUAGGCUCCUCCUCCCCGACACUUCUGCAAUGUUUCGUCUCCAACUUGAAAGGUUGGUACAAGAAUAAACACUUUUACCAGGGCACCUCGGGACCUUUCAUCUACGACAUCAAAUUCAUCCGUCUGGCUCUGCUAACAAAAAAGGGGGUGAGUGAGGCUGAAAGGUCGAAGGACAAGUUUCUCAGAGCCACUCUUCACGGUCACGUGGAGGACAUUGUCAAGAAAAAGAAACGCCUUGAAAUGGAGGGCAUCUUUCGGUACGGUAAGGACCCGAGAAAACUGGUGUUGGUGGAGGGAGCGCCGGGGGUAGGGAAGACAAUGCUGGCAAUGAAACUUUGCCAGCUGUGGGCACAGGGGAGGGCUCUGCAAGAGUAUGACAUCGUCUUCUUUGUUGAGCUUCGACAGUACCAAAAGGAGACCACACUGAAACUUGAGACUUUGCUAGAGACACACUUGGAAGGUGACCAGGAGAUGAUGAAGGAAGUAAUGCAGCACCUCGUCCGCACGGGAGGGGAUAAGGUCCUUCUUAUCCUGGAGGGUUGGGACGAGCUAUCACCCGCACUACGAGAUCCUUUUUCGUGGUUCUUUGAGCUGAUAAAAGCCAAAAAGCUUCCGAAUGCCUCGAUCAUGGUCACUUCCCGUCCUUCUGUCACGGCUCCUCUGUAUGACUACAUGGACGAGCGAAGAAUCGAAGUUCUUGGUUUUGACAAAAACCAACAGAAUGAGUACAUUCAAAAGAACAUCGAGGACCCAGCUGUGCCUCAGAGGGUUCGUGACCACCUCAAGCGGUUUCCCAAUCUCAGAGCUCUUGCCCACAUCCCUCUCACUCUCUCCAUCAUCUGCUCCGUAGCUAUGAAGAGCACCAGUCUCCCCAUCACACUGACAGAGCUCUACGACAAGUACGUCUGCACCUUUCUCUUUCACAAUCUUCAAAAGUCGUCGAGCGACAGCCUUCGUUCGCUUAUUGGUCUAGAUUCUCUAGACACAAUCCCCAAAGAAGUUCGACAGGUAUUUGAGGGCCUGUGUAAGUUGGCUCUUAGCGGUUUUGAGAAAAAAGCCUUCAUCUUUGAAAGGUGUGAUCUAGAAGAGCAUUGCUUGCCCUGUUCGGGAGAAAAGUUCGAUGGCUUUGGGCUUCUCACUACACGCACGCAAUCUGCCACAGCUGGCAGAAAGCCCCUGUAUCAGUUCCGGCAUUUGUCGAUCCAGGAAUUCCUGGCUGGGCUUCAGAUCAAUAGCAUCGGAGACAUGGAUCGCACACGUUUGCUUAAAGAGUAUCGCAGUGAUAGGCAGUUUCAAAACAUCUGGAAGUUUCUUUCCGGUGUGUCAAAGCUUCGAGACGAAGCAUUCUGCCAGCAGCUCGUUCUCCCCACACGUAAAGGCGGUCGCGACCAGCUAUUUCUCCUACACUGUCUCUACGAGGCUCAGAAUCCGGACAUCUGCCACCGUGCGGCAGGCAAGAUGGAACACAUGCUUCACUUGGACAACACCACUCUCAAUGCCACAGACUGUCUCUGUGCUGCAUAUGUGAUGGGGAAAUCAGAGGGGAAAUGGCAGGUGAACCUGAGAGGUUGCAACAUUGGAGGGGACGGUCUGGAGGUCUUCAAAUGGCAACUGAAGAUACACGAUUCCCAAAACCUGAAGAUAAUUCGUCUCGAUCUUACACACAACCAGUUGGAUGCAAGUGCCAUGCGCCAUGUAGCAGAGAUGUUUCUGGAACUAAAGGCAAAAAUCAUCAAUGUGGAGAUCGCAUCUAACAAGAUCGGAGAUGAGGGAGCAAGAUUGUUGUCAAAAGCUCUCAAGGAAGAUAGUUCACGCGUUAAACAGCUUCAUUUCAGGGAUUGUGGUUUUACUUCUGGAGCAGCAAAGUGGUUUUCAGAGGUGCUACAGAGCAGUAAAACCCUCAGUGCCUUGCAUUUCGGCUUUGAUAAACUUGGUGACAGGGGAGCAGAGUACAUUUCAGCAGCUCUCUGUCAAAACACAGUUCUGGAGGAGUUAGGUUUGUAUACUGCUGGAUUAACAGGUGCUGGACUCAGCUUCCUUGCAAAUGCAUUGAAAACAAACCGUACUCUCAGCGUUAUCAGAAUGGAUCGGAAUAACUUCACCGCUCCCGAUUGCCACAUUAUUGCCGAAAUUCUGUUGACAGACAACUCUGUGGAACGUAUUGACCUUUCAAGGAAUCCUAUUGGAGACGAUGGAUUUUCCAUUAUUUUGGAUGCUCUCAUAAAGAAACCAGAUGCACUCAAGAAACUGGGGAUUUUUGGGUGCGAGAUUACAAGUCGAGAAAUGCACAAGUUUGUCGAAUUCUUCAAAAAGACGACAGCAUUCACAGGGAUGAAUAUUGGAUUAAACCGCCUUGGAGACACUGGUGCAGGGCAUAUAGUACAGGCACUGAGAGAAAACAAGUCAGAGUCUGUCAAAGAAAUAUAUAUGGCUGACACUGGUCUGAGUGACAUGGGAAAGCAGUUGGUGACAGAGGCUGGAGCAAUGAGAAAGGAUCUGAUCGUCUCUUGCGAAGUUAAUGAAUUCCUUAAGAUAGGGAAGGCCAGGAUACAAGAAAAAUUAUGGUCACAAUGACACAGCAAUAACAUCCGCUAUUGUAUGAUUAUGAAGUCAUGUGGCAUAUUUAUUUCUCAAUGUAUCAUAUAAGGCUGGAAGAAGUCCACCUUUGUUCACAAUUGGCGAGCACAUUGUUUUAGCCAGUUGUCUCCACGAAUACUCGCUGGUUAUCCCAUCGUGCCACGUGUUGAACACUUUAGUGAUACACCGCAAGGAAUUUCCCCGAUAGUCUUCAUCGUAAGCCUCCAGAUCUGGCUGAGGAAUGCCUAGUUUGGUCCCGACAUCCUUCCACUGUGCUCGCAGGUCCAUGCCAACCAACUCCAGCAGGUCUAUCAGUUCUGGCGACGGGAAAUCUGCAAAAUCUGCUGGUGUAAUUCUUGGUUUGUAAGAGGCAGGGUUAUCUGUGGGUCCUUCAUUAGUUUUACUGCCCACACCUUUCUUCAGCCUUCUCACGAGAUCCUGGUAAGCCCCGUCACGGGAGAAAAUGUCCACGAACGCAUCGAACCACUGUCGCUGUCUAGUGUCCGACGUCCGUAUCUUGGUAAACACGCUGUCCAAGAGCUGCCCGGCCUGCCGAUCAGGAGCUAACUGUGGCGUCGCUAGAACUCCCUGCGCCACUCGGCGAGUAAUGAAGUUUUUCUCCACGAGACUGUUCGCAAACCACUGCAGAUUACCAGAAACAGUGUCUGUGAUGAAGGAGACGUUGGCGUUGAGAGCCGAGAUCUCCACGGGCUCAUCGGCCAUUUUUCAAGUGUAU